UUUAACGUUAUUUCUUGGAGUUAUUGCGAUUACCAUAUAAAUCCUUCGAUUUUUUCUCUUUCUGGGUUUUCCUUAUCUAUUAGAACUUAGAAAUGGCCGACAGGAAUUUUUCAUGAUAGAGUCAAAUCAGUGCCAUGAAAACGAAAUUAAGUUGCAGAUAACCGGAAGGCAUCACAUUUAUCUUUUGGGUUUCCUCAAGCUUCGUUUGUUUCCUGAGAAAAUAUUUGCUAUGGAAUUUUAUGAGACAACCGUGUUCUUGGGGAUCUGUGUUUGUGUUUGUUUUGGAAAGCAGUUCCUGGAAAAAAUUCAGGGGAAAAGAAUCGUGCUUGUUGAUAGCUCAUUAUUUCUUCAUCUAGCUCUGGAGAUUGGACGAUCACUCUCUUUCAAUUUCCAUAUUGGUGAAAGACAACUUGCUUUCCUCCCAAAGUUUUAUUUCCACCUCAGAGAAUCCUUGUUGGAACUCUCAACAGAAAGGGGUCCGAAUAACUCAUGGAAAUGGUUACUGGGAAGCUGUUCUUCUCGUGGAAAGGGAUUUGUUUCCUUUUUUAUGAUAAAAAACCCGUAUAUCAUAUCCCCCAGGAACUGCAUGCUGUAGAAGCAUGUAGAGCCUGAGCACUCGAUGAUAUUUUAUUGGAUUUUCGCUUGAAGCUUUGCAGAAAUUUUCAUUCAUUUAACACGAAGUAUAUUAUUUUUGUAACUAUGUUUUUCUCGAUAUGAAUGUAGUGUCUGAAACUUAUAGUUUGAGCUGAUCAUGGGAUUUACGAAGCAUUUUCAAAAGGCUGGAACUUUAGUGGGCCUUCUUUCCUUCUUAAUAUGAUUUGAUUCCCUUGAUAUUUCACUUUUAGAAUUAACAUUUCCUAAUUGUACGUCUUUGCUAUCAUUUCUAAUGCUUUAACUUUCCACUCGUUGCUAGAUUACUGUUACUGCUGACAGGUGAACUUAUUAUUGUACACAAAAUCGAAAUAUAUUGCUAGGAUACUUUUUUAAUACUAAUGAGUCAUUCUUGAGCUUCAUAUCUAACCUUAAUUUAUGGUCGCACUUUCUUUGACUGCUGAGAUGUUACUUGGAUAAAUUUGCAAUUCUUGGAAUUUCACAGGGCAGGUUUGAACUGGUUAUAUAAGAUUCCAUAGCUUGUACUCGCUUACUUUUUCUAUAUCAUAAAUUUAAUUUUUACAAUCUCUCAAAGUGGAGAAUCUGGAGACCUAUUUUAGAAUCUUGUCAUCAAUAAGCUGUAUUGUAAUGGAUGAUUGAUAAAGAACUUGGUCGAGUGAUAUUCUAAGAGGUUCGAAGAGAUAAAGAAACCGACUCUAUAUGGGGGAGCUUGCAGCUGAGAAACAUGUGCAAUACAUUUUAUCUGUUGAAAAGAGAAAGGACGAUUUGAUAUCUGUUGCAAUGGAACAUCUGAGAAUGAAUGGGGCAUACUGGGGAUUGACCACUCUGGAUCUUCUAGGAAAGCUGGAAACUGUAGAUGUGGAUGAGGUUGUUUCGUGGGUCAUGGAGUGCCAGCAUGAGUCAGGUGGGUUUGGUGGUAACAUUGGGCAUGACCCCCACAUACUGUAUACUCUAAGUGCCGUGCAGAUUUUGGCCCUUUUUGACAAGCUAAAUGUUCAUGACGUUGAGAAGGUGACUAAUUAUAUUGCUCAGCUGCAAAAUCAAGAUGGAUCUUUUUCAGGGGACAUAUGGGGUGAAGUUGAUACGCGGUUCUCUUAUAUUGCUCUGUGCUGUCUCUCAAUAUUACAUCGUUUGGAUAAAAUCAAUGUGAAGAAAGCUGUGAGCUACAUCGUAAGUUGUAAAAAUUUGGAUGGCGGAUUUGGUAGCACACCUGGUGGGGAGUCUCAUGCAGGGCAAAUUUUCUGUUGUGUGGGUGCACUUGCUAUAACGGGAUCAUUGCAUCAUAUUGACAAGGAUCUUCUUGGAUGGUGGUUAUGCGAGCGGCAGGUUAAAUCUGGAGGUCUUAAUGGCCGUCCUGAGAAACUUCCUGAUGUCUGCUACUCGUGGUGGGUUCUUUCUAGCUUAAUUAUGAUAGACAGGGUUCACUGGAUCAAUAAGGAAAAGCUUGUUAAGUUCAUCUUAGAUUGCCAGGAUACAGAAAAUGGGGGCAUUUCUGAUAGACCAGAUGAUGCUGUGGAUGUCUACCAUACAUACUUUGGGGUGGCUGGACUUUCCCUUCUUGAAUAUCCAGGAUUGAAAGCUAUAGAUCCAGCUUAUGCUUUGCCUGUUGAUGUUGUGAAUAGAAUCUUCUUUGCCAGAUGACUGAUUCUUCUAACUUUUCCUUUAUUCAUCGGUUGAAGCAAUUUGUACCCUUUUGUUUCUCUGAUACAGAAAAAGAACAUAUACGUAAAAUUCUUUUGACAACAAGAAAGAAGGCAUCCAAUUUAAGGUGGCGUUUCUCU